CGAGCCCACGUCCUCCCCUCCAGGCCCGCGCAGCCCAGGGGCCACAACCGCGCUUUUCAGCUCAGCUCAGCCCAGUGCACUUCAGAGCUUCUUGGGGCCACCUGGUGUAGCUCAGCUCAGCCCCGCGCUUCUGGGCGCAGCCCCCUCACCCCAGCCGUCAAGAUGGGUGAAUCAAAUGAAGACAUAGACCAGAUGUUCAGCACUUUGCUGGGGGAGAUGGAUCUCUUGACCCAGAGUUUAGGAGUGGACACUCUUCCUCCUCCAGAACCCAAGCCACCCCGAGAAGAGUUUAACUACAGUGUGGGGUUUAAGGAUUUAAAUGAGUCCUUAAAUGCCCUGGAAGACCAAGAUUUGGAUGCUCUCAUGGCAGACUUGGUAGCAGAUAUAAGUGAGGCCAGCACGAACAAUCCAGGCUCAGAAAGAGUCCUCUCAGAAUCAGCACCACUCAGCACUUCAGGCAGCAUCAGAUGGCCAGGGUGCAGCCUCACUUGGUUGUGGAGCAAGUGCUGCUGCAGCUGGUGUUAG